AGGGGAGGAUUUGGGGCGCCGGAGAUCUCCGGUUUCCCCAAACAAUAGUCGACGGGACGCGAUGGUCGCCUUUUUUUUUUGAAACCGCAGGGAAGUUUAGGACCCUCAUCGGCCCCAUUGUUGUUCUCACCGAGGCCACGUAGCUGUGUGGAGCGUUUUUAAGCGUCUUGGGAACAGUGAUGUGUUUGUAAAUGUUUAUAGAGGAGAAAAUGGUUCAGAGGGAGAUGCGCAUGGAGGGAACACUCGCGUCCAGUUUGAUUGUAGGCCGAGGGUUUUGAAUUUUCUCCCUGGUGAAGGACUGCUGGGAAUUUGAGUGCGUCCAUUCAUUUACUGCGAGGGCGUCCCGUUUGGAAAAGGAAAGGCGGAAGAAAGGGAGCGAGCAUUUGGAUAAUUUGGCAUCAGGACGCGACCGGUGGGGCCUGGGAGUCUCCCAUUGUCCUGCCGUACUCCAACACCCUCCUUUUUCCAUUUUAUAGGUCGCACAACUCUUUAUAUUCGCCCUACAUGCUCCCGGUGCCUCACAAUCACAGCCACCUCAGCUCUCCCCUGCUGCGACUCUCCUACCCACCAUCCUCUCCCACCCCUCUUCUCCUCCUCUCUGUAGCCUCCCCCACUCACCCGCCUCCCUUCUCCUGCUCCAUCCUCAUCGGCCUCCAAGAUAGAUUCCCUCAGGAGUAAGGUUGACCUGCUCAAGCUGCCCCUGGCUCUCACCACCAAGUCCAUCUCCGAGCGCAAGAGCCAGCUGGGAGGAGUCGGCGAGCAGCGCGGCACGGGGGGAGGAGGAGGAGGCGGGGCUCAUAAAGCCCGCUCACCGCCGACCCGAGACAUGGACAACGAGUCGCAGUACUCGGGCUACUCAUACAAGUCCUCACAUUCCCGAAGCUCCCGCAAACACAGGGAUCGGAGGGAUCGCCACCGCUCCAAGAGCCGAGACAGCAGCAGUCGUGGAGACAAAUCGGUCACCAUCCAGACUCCUGGAGAGCCACUGCUGGAUGCAGAGUCGACGCGUGGAGAUGAGAGGGAUGAUAACUGGGGCGAGACCACCACAGUCGUCACUGGCACCUCAGAGCACAGCAUCUCAAAUGAGGACCUGACCCGCCUCACCAAAGAUUUGGAGGAGUCGACACCGCUGGACUGCAAGCGCUUCAUUGGCCCAGCUCUGGGAGGCUGCCUGAGCUUCUUCGCCCUGGUCACGCCUUUAGCCUUCCUCAUCCUCCCGCAGGUCCUGUGGCGUGACGCCCUCGAGCCCUGCGGCACGCCCUGCGAAGGCCUGUACGUCUCCUUGGCCUUCAAGCUCCUGGUCUUACUCAUCUCCUCCUGGGCGCUGUUCCUCCGGCCUCCUCGUGCCACGCUCCCGCGCUUCUUUGUCUUCCGCUGCCUACUGAUGGUACUGGUGUUCCUGUUUGUGGCGUCGUACUGGUUGUUUUACGGUGUGCGGGUGCUGGAGCCCAGGGAGAGGGACUACAGGGGGAUUGUGGAGUACGCUGCCUCACUGGUGGACGCCCUCCUCUUCAUACAGUACCUGGCUCUGGUGCUGCUGGAAGUCCGACACCUGCAGCCGGCCUUUUGCCUCAAGGUGGUCCGGAGCACGGAUGGAGCGAGCAAGUUCUACAACGUGGGCCACCUCAGUAUCCAGAGGGCAGCUGUCUGGGUGUUGGACCGUUAUUACAGCGACUUCUCCGUCUACAACCCUGCCCUGCUCAACCUGCCCAAGUCCAUCCUGUCCAAGAAGAUGACCGGCUUCAAGGUUUACUCUCUGGACGAAAACCCCACCAAUAACUCCACAGGCCAGUCCCGGGCCAUGAUAGCAGCAGCUGCCCGGAGGAGAGACAACUCCCACAAUGAGUUCUACUAUGAGGAGGCCGAGAUGGACCGCAGGGUCCGCAAACGCAAGGCCAGGUUGGUCGUGGCGGUGGAAGAGGCCUUCACACACAUCAAGCGUCUCCACGAAGACGAGGUCGCAUCGUCCCCCAAACACCCGAGGGAGGUGAUGGAUCCUCGGGAAGCGGCUCAAGCCAUUUUCGCCCCGAUGGCCCGAGCCAUGCAGAAAUACCUGAGAACCACCCGGCAGCAGGCCUUCCACAGCAUGGAGAGCAUCCUCACACACCUGCAGUUCUGCAUCACACACAACAUGACGCCCAAGGCUUUCCUAGAGCGUUACCUCUCCCCCGGCCCCACCAUGCAAUACCAGCAGCAGAACGGCAGAGGGCGCCAGUGGACUCUAGUGAGCGAGGAGCCAGUGACCUCAGCCCUGCGUCAGGGUCUAGUGUUCUCCCUGCGACGCCUGGACUUCUCCCUGGUCGUCACAGUGACGCCGCUCCCCUUCCUGCGGCUCGGGGAGGAGUUCAUUGACCCAAAGAGCCACAAAUUUGUCAUGAGGCUGCAGUCUGAGACCUCGGUGUGACGGCAUCUCCUUGAGAGUCUCCUUGUUUCCCACGCUGUCCUCUCUCCAUGCUCACUCCUGCUGGAUCACUGAUGUGGCGGGACAUGUGGAGGCCAUGUGGUCCACUCCCAUCCAAUCAUUUCUUGUCUGUGACGAAGAAAGCAUUCAAAGAGAAUCCUCCUCGUGUAUUAUGAUCAUCACAGAUGCUCUGAUAUCAAACUGUGAUCAGCUCAACGAUUGUUCAAACCUGGAAUUAAACCGAUGCCUUGACUUUUUCUCUUUCUGUGUUGUAAAACUCUUUGUCUUUACAACAUGCUGUUAAAAAAAAAAGAAAACUUUUUGAAAGGGGACUUUUUGUCUUUUUGCCUCUUCUGUUGCUGUAACCACUGGACUACUUUACUGUGCUGACUCAACACCAGAGGAGGGGGAUUACAUCACACUUGUCACUUCCUCUUCCUUGUGUCUUAAAAACAGACUAACCGGAGCUCAGCUCUGACUGCAACGCUGGUGUACCACUGCCUUUUGGUUCCCUGUCAGUUUAUUGUUUUGUUUAAGAUGACAAGGACUGUUUUUAUAUAAAAGGGUAUGACUUUUUUUUUUUUUUUUUUUUUUUUUUUUUUUUUUUUUACAGAAUGUAGCAUUAUGUGCUUUGAAUUAACACGUGGCUUCUCUGCGGCCUGAAGGCCAAAAUGUCUUUCUAUCUGACUGUAAAAAAAAAUGGAAGAACAUUCCUAAGCUACUCCAGACUCUGUAUAUUCAUGAUUGUCUAAAUAUGCAGGUUUUGUAUUAUUCUACACUGGCAUUUUUACUAUUCAUUUUACAGUUUUAGUAAGAGGACUAAACAAAGACCCCAUUUAUACCUCUUGUUGUCAUGCAAUCUGUACCUGCAUGAUAUCUUACCUGGAUAAUGAUGUUAAAGCAAAGCAUGGAGGUGUUCUGAAUUUUUAUUAUCAACAAAUCCCACAAAAAGGCCAGAAAAGCAAAAGAGUUAGAAUACUUUAAAAAUUCCCCUGUCUUGAAGACCAUUUGUUAAAAACCAUAUACUUUCAUUUAACAACAACAAUAGGAAUAAAUGAUGCAUAUAGUGGGCACUAUUUUUAGCUGCUGACUAAUUUGCGCUACUGAGUAUUUAUGUCUCAGGAAGUCUUGUGUGAUUGCAUCAAAAUUAAAUACAAUGCCCAUGUUCAUAUAAGGAGGGGCAUCUCACCCACUGCAAUGGUGUGACUCACUGAUGAUGUGUUCUUAAUAAUUUUCAUACAGAAUUCGUUUGAAGGAUAAACUCAUCAUUUAUGACAAUCUCAAAAAAACAAGACUGUCUCCAAACUUGUCUUUUAAUGUAAGUUGUAAAUGCAUGCAGGACAAAUUGUGCUCAGAACUGCUAUCUACCACUGCAUCGGCUAGACCAUAUCUGGAGGACGUGGCAGCUUUACCAUGUUUUAAAGAGAAAAAAAAGACCCAUUAAGUUGAAAGGUCACUGAAACACCUCAAUUUCCUGUUGUCCUAAGCUGCUCGGGGAAAACUGACAGAUGAUCACUCAAAUUGUGAAGCAAAAAUAGAGCAUUCUCAACCCAAGGUCCAACUUACUUGUUUUUUCGAAGCUUUCAACCACAUCUCGGGGCCUUCAUCAGUGGAAGGAGUCGCUUAGUUGUGACUGUGAUACAUGUCAUAAAAUAUUUCAGAUGGUAGAAAGGGUAAAAAGUAUCACACACCAGAAAACAAAGUCGUAUUAUGAAAGGCAGUGGUUAAUAGAUACCGAUGAAAUGCAAUGUUGAUUAGAAAAACAUAUUAAGAUCUCCACAGUCUCCGUUUUUUAGCCUUUUUCGUGCCAUGAGAUGUUGUUUAAAGCUAUGCAAAUGACAAGGAGUUGGACCUUGGCAUAAGAAUUUUUUAAUGUUUUUUUUUUCUUGACCUUGAACACACCAUGUUUGUUGAUUUAAUUGAGUCAAGGAAAACACGUACUAAAGCCAAGUGUAAAUGCAAAAGCCUGUUAUCAGAUGUCAUCAUCCAGGUACAGAUCCCAUGUUAAUACCAGGUGUAAAUGGUCGUUUCCAGGCUUUUUAAUAAAGUACACGUAAGGAAUUCAGUCCUGAACAGGCAGCUGUAGUUAAACUACAAGCUGACUUCUAUGUUAUUUUUUAUCUUUUAAUGCAUUUCAACAAAAAUCCCAAACCAGACGUGUGAUUGUAACUCUUCUCUGCAGCUCCUCUGCAGCAGUAGCAUAUCACCGCCUCGCCUUGUGCCACAAGCUGAAACAAGCACAGUGAAACAUACCGCCUCCAUCCGACAGCCUUACUCUCCAGAUGCGGAGGACCAGCGGUGGGGCACAUCUGUCGUCGCACUGACUCCUUCUCCUCCAGGUCCCGAAACUUACUGUAACGCUGAAGCUUGCCUGAUGUUGAGACUUGAGCCGAUCUGUUUCUGCCUUCAGUUUGUUGAGCCACAACACGGCUGACUGUUUGCUUUUCUUUCCAGGUUCCAAAAGCCCUUUACAUUUCUAAAAAAAAAAAAUCCAAAUACAAGGUCCUAGUGUAUGACAUUUCAUCCAAUGCAGAUUUUUUUAAAAUGCAUGUUAGAUUUAUUUUGGGCUCCAAAACUUUUUUAUAAUAACUUGUUUUCUAUUAUUUUGAAGGUGCCUAAGUUAUGAUGAUGCAAUUUUCCGAAUGUUUUUACUUUUGAAAAACAAGAGGCUUGUAAAAAACAAUUUGUAGAUUUGUCUUGUAUUUUCUUCCUUUUGGUAACUGUAGCUUGUAUAGUGUGUUAGGCCUUUUUCCAUUAUUAAACCAUUUAUUCCUUCUA